UCCUCAUUUCCCAAAAGCACGUGUCUCCACCUCCUCCUUCCUCCGACUCACUCCGGCAAGAGUUGACUGAAGUCAUAUGUGUCAGUACUGUACACGGAGAAGCAGUUUUAUCUGCUGUAGCGAUGAAUAAUGUCGAGGAAACGGUACUGAAAUUAAUCUAACAUGGGAAUCUCUGUCGCUUUUUGGGGAAAUCUUGGACUUCCAGAUUCAGGAAGCAGGAACGUAAAGCCAAAGAUUUAACUGCGCUGUUUAAUUUAAUUCCUCAAAGUUACGAUUUGGAAACAUCAGGAGUUUUGUGGGCUAAUUUCGCGGAAUAUUUCACAACUCCUACACUCUACGGAAGACGGUCCUUUUUCUCAGUGUGUUACCGGAUGAACGUGUAGGAGACGGCAAAGUAGUCCGUCCGACUGAGAGCACCUGACGGCCUUCUCCUUGUGCGGUUCUCCUCCUGCCUCCCACCGGCAUGACCCUCGGUACGGUGUCCGGCUCCGACAGCUCGUCGGCGCUCAGCUUCUGCUCCUGCUGCGGGGCGAAAAUGGUGCCUUACUUCAGCGACGACGCCGCGGUGUCCAGAAAUCAGAUCAACCAGCUCAUCAGCGAGAGCUUCCUCACGGUAAAAGGUGCAGCCCUCUUCCUCCCGAGGGGUAGCAGUCCCACACCAAACUCUGCACCUCGUAUCAGCCAGCGCAGGAACAAGCACACAGGUGACCUUCAGAAACACCUUCAGACCAUGUUCACUGUGCUGCGGCCUGAGGAUACCAUCAGACUGGCUGUGUGUCUGGAGAGUGCCUACCCUCAGGUAACCCGCUACAUGGUGGUGGUCUCCACCAAUGGCAGACAGGACACGGAGGAGAGCAUUGUGCUCGGCAUGGACUUUGUCUCUUCUGAUAGCUGCUGUACUGUGGGGCUGGUUCUACCUCUGUGGAGUGACACUCUGAUCCACUUGGAUGGAGAUGGCGGGUUUAGUGUAUCGACCACGAACAGAGUUCAUGUCUUUAAGCCGGUUUCUGUCCAGGCCAUGUGGUCAGCCUUACAGUCGCUCCACAAAGCCUGCGAGGUGGCUCGCUGCCAUAACUACUACCCAGGCAGCCUGUUUCUGACCUGGGUCAGCUACUACCAGAGCAGGGUCUCCUCCAACCAGUUCUGCAUUAAUGAAUGGAACGCCAUGCAGGAUGUGGAGUCGCACCGUGCCAACUCACCCGUCCUCUUCACAGACCUGCCCACAGAGCGGGAACGAACAGAGAGGCUGAUCAAGAUGCGUCUCAGAGAAAUCAUGAUGCAGAAAGACUUGGAGAACGUCACCUGCAAGGAGAUCCGAACAGAGCUGGAGAUGCAGAUGGUGUGUAACCUGCGGGAGUUUAAAGAGUUCAUAGACAACGAGAUGAUUGUCAUCCUGGGACAGAUGGACAGCCCCACGGAAAUCUUUGAACACGUCUUCCUGGGUUCUGAAUGGAACGCCUCCAACUUAGAGGAGCUGCAGAACAGCGGGGUGCGCUACAUCCUGAAUGUGACGAGGGAAAUAGACAACUUUUUCCCUGGAAUGUUCGAGUACCACAACAUCAGAGUUUAUGAUGAGGAGGCCACCAACCUGCUGGAGUACUGGAAUGACACUUACAAGUUCAUCACCAAAGCCAAGAAAGCUGGCGCUAAGUGUCUGGUUCACUGUAAGAUGGGCGUGAGCCGCUCCGCUUCCACUGUGAUCGCCUAUGCUAUGAAGGAGUACGGCUGGGAUCUGGAUACGGCCUUUGACUACGUGAAAGAAAGACGUACCGUCACCAAGCCGAACCCGUCCUUCAUGAAGCAGCUGGAGGAGUAUCAGGGAAUUCUGCUGGCAAGCAAACAAAGGCAUAAUAAGCUAUGGCGCUCCCACUCUGACAGCGACCUGUCGGAUCGCCCGGGCUCCAUGUGCAAAUCUUCAUCUCCUACUUUGGGUCGAGCUAACUCCCACAACAACAACACCACCUCCUCCCCCUUUAUACAUCAUUUCCUGGGCGUGGCUGUGCUGCAGGCGCUCGGUGCUGAACCCGAAGACUCUGCCAAAUCAAACACACACACCUCUGACUCACUCACACUCUCCAACGGUGUGUGUGAGUCACCAGUUCAGGAGGAGGUCAGAUCAGACUUUGAAGACCCCAUCCUGCUUCCUCUCCCCAGACCGCGAGCAGCUACCGUCAUCCCAGAGGAAAGACUGGACAAUUCAGCGAGCGUGGCCAUCACCGUGCCCGUUGCCGUGCCACACCCUCCGCCCUCCCUCCACAUUUUACCCCCCACACCUGAACUGCAGCGUGCACACCGGGGUCCUCCCACGCAUCUGUCUAUUUCAGUGCCCAGAAGCAAACUCGAGCUGUGCCUCAAUCUGCCCGAGAGAAGCGGCUCCGAGGACGUCUCGCCUCUCACUCUGGGAUCCAGUGACUCAGACUUACUGAAUCGAUCAAUUUCAGAUUCAGCGAGCGAUAGCCCUGCGACAGUCACCCCCCAGCCUCUGGUUCCUUCCCUCGCUCCCAGCGAUGACAACAACAACCCCAAUGAGCCUCAGACGGACUCUGCCUUCGACAGCCGCGGCGAAGCCGACGGGUCGUCCAACCACAGCGGCGACAGCAUCGACUUCUUCACCGCCAGGGAAAAGUUCCUGGGCCUGGCGCAAGAUGGCCGAACACAGACACUUUCAGAGCAGUCGCAACAACGGACACUUCAGUCAGCCGGGGGAGGAGCAGACGUAGAAGAAGAACAGGAGAACGAGAAUGAAAUGAGUCAGUCUGAGGACAGCUUUGACAAAUCCAGCCCCGACCGAGCCCAUCCCGCUCACCAUGACAACGGAAUAUCAGUCCGCCAUAUCGUCACAGAGAUCGAAGCCAUAUCCCACUCUGCCACUUCUCCUACUCCCUCCUCAUCCUCCUCUUCAUCACUUCCUCUGUCCCCUCACAGUCCUCAGCUCAUCCAAGCGGAGCAUCAGGAGGAGGCGGAGUCUCCUGAAGUUCCACAUGGCGCUGUAAAUCCACCCUCACAUCCGCCGUCUCCCUCCAUGCUGCCGUGCGACUGGCCGGCGGGCUCGGUGCGGAGGGUCACCCAGCAGCUCGAGGAGAGGCUGAAGCAGGAGCUGGAGAUGGCGGCGUCUCAGCGGUCCCCGUUGCACUCCCCCAGCACCGAACAUCCUCCUGUCCGUUCGCCCCUGCACCCUGCAGAACAAAGGAUCACUCAGGGAGAGAACCUGGCUGUUUCUGCUAAAACCAAAGACGAGGAAAAGCAUGCAGGGACUGAGAAGGAGCUUCACAGACUCGAUUCCUCAGGCACUGACAACCUCCUCAAUCCCUCAUGCUUCCCUGACUCGCAGACCAGCCAAGUCUCUGGUGCUAUACCUAUCAUUAUGCACACAUCUGUUGAUAGCCAUAUGGUGACAUCAUCACUGGAGUCAGAUAGUCUCUUAGUAGGAUCAUCUCUAGAUACCUCAGCCCCAUCUCAAAGACAGGGCCAGCUACACAGCCAAAGCUUGGAUUGUCAGACCCACUCCCAGGUUGCUUCAAAUCAAAUAUCUCUGGACGGUGUGACAUUGCAGGAGUCAGACACAGAUGAAAGGCUGGACUCCGGUCCUCAGGGCAGGAGACAGGGCUGUGGCCCCAGCUGUGAAGCUCAGAUCAGGCUGGCUCGCAGCAGCCAGGAGCUGGAGCGGAUACAGCAAACGCUCCGAGAGCUGCAGGCUUUCCUUCACGAGGCUGUCAGCCUGGAGGCCACAGACGGUCAAGCACAAGAACUGGGGCAGCCUCAGAGGCCAAGAGACACUAUGGAUACAGAGCCACGACUUUAUAUAGGGCCGAGUUCUGAACAAACCCCUUCGGGCCUGGCAGCAGGACAGCAGCUCACAGAAAAACAAGAGAGGAGGAGUGUCAUGGAGCUAACAGGGUGGCACAGAGCCAUGGAGCUGGAGGCUCGUAUCCGCCAGGCAGGCCUCACGCCCCCUUCUCUCAUGAAGAGAUCAGCCUCAUUAGCUAAACUGGACUGUCUGGAGCUGUCAGCCAGCGACCUCAGCGACUUGGACCUGAGGCCACACACCAGGACAUCAUCACACUCCCAGGAAUCUUUCUCUUUGUCCCAGUGUCACCCAGAUGACACCUGGAAGAAGCAGAAAGUGCUGUCUCGGCACACGAGGUCGCCCCGCGAUGACGCAUCCUCCUCUCACCUCUCCCCUUCCACCCACUGUUACCCAAAAGAAGACAAAGGUGAGAGGGAUGAGCCAGAUGGCAGCAGCGUGGUUUCCACAUCACGUCAGCAGGGCAGGGGACACUCGUCAAGACGUGCCCGCAAAGCUUCCGCUGAGAAAAAACAACGAACUGUCGCUCUGCUAUACAACACCAUGUAACCUCAGUGCAAUAGACUGGAGCGGACAUGACUGGAGCUGUGUGAAAGCGGCUGCAUGAUGUGUAUGAGUGUAGCAGGUCAGCUGUAGCCCCUGCAAAACCUCUAAUGUGUGUAUUGUGUGUGAGACGUGAAUGGUGAAAAUAUGUUUGCAUGUAAACCACUGGAUGUGUUCAAGUUUGUCUGUACAUCAAUAUAAUAUGAAUGUGCAAAAUAAGACUGAAGCUGUGCAGAUUCUGCACAUCGUUUUGUCUUUUUUUGUCCUCUUUCUCUUUUUUAAAGAAGCGUCUAUGUUCAGUGUGUGACCCUCACUGCCUGUUCAGAGCUUAUAAAACUACAACCAGAGGGGCUUUUUCUCAGAACAUGCACUUUACUGUUAAGAUGAUUGUUUUUUUUGUUUUUGUUUUAUUUGAAAUCUCUUUCUUACCCUGGGGAGAAUUGUUUUGCACUGUUCUCAGUAGACAUGUGUCCGUGGUUGUGUUUUCAAAGUGCAAAGACAUUGUCUUUAUUCAGAUUUUUAAUUAAACCAGGACAAAGCUGA